CUACUAAAUUUCCGGGGGUACCUGCAUACUAACCGGGACUUUCUGCUACCAACAUCGGAGAGGCUUCGCCUCCGAUACCAAGGGUCAUGUCUAAGUUAUGACCUUAUGUACAUGGGAGUUGGAGGCAGUCAAAUGAAACCAGAGGAGCUGAAAAAUCGAAAUAGAGAAAGUUUAAAAAGCGCUGGUGGAAGGUUCUACCCAGUCCGAGUAAAAUGAACGUUCGGAAAAGUCGUCCAGUGACUCUCUUCAUUUCGGUAUCUUGGUCACCCUUCUGCUCAUCAACUUAGUCAUCAACAAAUUCAUCAUCCAUGGCGCCUCCUUCACCUUAAAUACUCCGACAAAGAUUCAUCCUUUUCGUUUCGUCUAAUCCCCCAUUAAUGCAAAUAAAACCCGCCAUUUAUUCCCUGACGCCGCCAAAAAAUGAUCUCUAGCUUAGUCGCCAAUCUCGGUACAAUCGCCGCCAAGUACCAACGCAAACGCCUCCUCCAAACCCUAACCCAUCAACAACAGCAAAACCCUCCAACUCCGUCGCCGAACCCAUUUGGAAUCACUUCCCGUCCGUCGUCGGAAUCGCCUGCAGGAAGCAACCCGUCUUUCGUCAAUGGCGUAGCCACCAAGGAUCUCCACAUCGACCCACUGUCCUCACUCUCCAUCCGGAUCUUCCUUCCAGACACCGUCGUCUCCGCCGGAUCCGGGAUCUGCCCACGUUACGGCGGGUACUUGCCUCCUUCCGGGAAGCAGCGACGGCUGCUGAGGAAGCUCCCAGUGGUGUUGCAGUUCCACGGCGGCGGGUUUGUGAGCGGGAGCAACGAGUCAGCCGAGAACGAUUUGUUCUGCCGGCGGGUGGCGAAGGCUUGGGAUUCAUUGGUCGUGGCAGUGGGCUACAGAUUGGCCCCCGAGAGUAAGUACCCUGCCGCUUAUGAGGAUGGAGUGAAGGUUUUGAAUUGGUUUGUGAAGCAGUCCAAUUUGGGCGUUUAUGGCGGAUUAGGAGUUCAGAGUGGCAAUUUCGAUAGCUUUGGCGUUUCCAUGGUUGAGCCUUGGUUAGCUGCUCAUGGCGAUCCUUCUAGGUGUGUGCUCCUUGGGGUAAGUUCAGGGGCAAACAUAGCUAACUAUGUUGCUGAAAAGGCGGUGGAGGAAGGAAAUCUACUGAAUCCUGUGAAGAUAGUGGCACAAGUUCUGAUGUACCCUUUCUUCAUGGGAACCACCGUGCCAUCACAUUGUGAAGUUAACUACACAACCUCGUACUUCUACAGCAAGUCGAUGUAUAAGAUGGCAUGGAAGCUGUUCCUUCCAGAGGUGGGAGCGUUUGACGACCUAGAUCAUCAUCCAGCUGCCAAUCCUCUUGUUCCUGGAAAACAUCCGCCUCUAAAGCACAUGCCACCAACAUUAACUAUAAUUGCAGAGCAUGAUUUCAUGAGGGAGAGGGCAAUUGCUUACUCGGAGGAGCUACGGAGAGUCAAUGUGGAUGCACCGUUACUUGAGUAUAAGAACGUCGGUCAUGAAUUUGCCACCCUUGGCUGGCUUCUCCAGACGCCACAAGCACAGGCUUGUGCGGAGGAUAUCGGGAUAUGGGUCAAAAAGUACAUAUCGGUUCGUGGCAACGAGCUGUCUUAUUGAGAAACAACAAGAGAGAUGAGAUGGCUGAUACAAAUCCUGAAGAAAAGAAAGUGAGAAUUAGCUAAUAGAGGGAUGAUCAUUCAUUGGUUGUGCCACAAGUUAGAAAGAGAAAGGAUUCGGCAGCCGAUCAUUUAGGUUUGAUUGGACGAGCGGGGAAGAGCCUGAUUCCCUUCUGGUUAUCCCAUCUGCUUGUAAUGUAUAGGUUGGAGAAAGUCUUAUCCUUUGUUUCCCCUUGUAUAGUGAACGAGCAGUUUUCUUCAAACUCCUUGAAUUCUGAGAUGGACGGUUUUGCUAAUUUGUUGUGUGUAUUAUAUUAUAUUCGGGGAGACCCAAUGGAUUAGUGUUCUUUCUCACCUUGUUCUGAUGUGGCUAUUCUGUCUUUUAUCGACUAAACAAAGUUCAGCAAUUUCUAUGCAGAGCUACUUCAAUUCCGGCUUGCUCAUGGAACUUGAGAGGAGAAUUUGAAUGGUCCAAAACUACUUUCCUUGUUCCAGAGAUGGCGGUCAAACAAAAACAAUGCCUACCCGAACGGCACGACUCAAUAUGCCUUCUUCAGAAUAUUUGAAUCAUUCGUUCAACCUCCCAGGUAACUUCGCCAGCUUAGCAUUAGCUAUUAGCUUGCAGAAACCAUAGUACUCUAGGCGAAGACUGCAUAUGUAGUGUUAGCUAGUUGCUGCAAAUUUAAUUUGACAUGCUCGUCCUGACUUGUUGUGGAUCUGUUUAUGACGGGUAGGACGGGGCAUAUAUGAAUUUCUUUCACCUCCCUUAACCUGUAGCUCAAACCAAUUAAUCCACCUGACCUGCAUCCUGUCAUAAGGUUGAUAUGGGGAUUGAGAUAUCUGCGCUGCCCUAACCUAUCACCAUUCCUGGGCUCAUUUUCUGCUCUGGGUUUUUAUGGAUGAAACAAGAUUUGCUGAUAUUUGUGUAACCGAAUCAACAGGCAGUUUCUGGAAUGCCUGGAAAGUUAAUAAAUUUACCAAUUUCUUUUUAUCCUUUUCUUUCGUUUUCUCCGUGGUUACCGAACAUGGGUGAAGAAGGGAUGUAUAGUAUUAGUACUUUUCUGAUAAAACCUAAGAGAGUGUUGGAAAAUGACUGGAAUUCUAUUCCUGUAUGGUAUAUUAUACCAGUAUUAUUACAUCCACCUCGUAGAUUGCAUGCUCAGGACAAAACUUAGUGUCCCCCGCCACCAGAUGAUCAUCACAUCCAGUGGCCUUUGAUAAUAACAUUUAGCUGAUAAUAAAAUGUGGAAAUAUCAGAUCAAACUCAAGGAGGGCAGGAGGGGAGUUUGAAUUAAUUAAUCUACUUUUAGUAUUAUGUUAAUCAUUUCAUUACCUCUUCUUGCCGGAAACAUGAGAAGUAUGACAGAUCAUGUCUUUGUGAAAGGUACAGUCGGAUGCUGAUAAAACCUACACAGCUGGAUUAGAAACUGACAGCUUUGAGAGGAUGGGGAAGUGUUAGGGAAAUUUCCCCCUCAUUAUUCCAUGAGGAGUUGAUGGUGACAACAGGUAUCCUUAGAUUGAUCUAUGCGAAAAUAGCACCCUAUGCCUGCUUGUACCAUGACAACCAUUGUUGUCCCCCUUGUAAAGUAGUUUUCACCCUGUAUUCUCAUGUUUAGUCCCUCAACUGUGCUGUUCUUAACAAAUAGGAUCACUAAAUACUAUAUCGUCUCAUCUAGUUUGUUCGUUAAACAUUCUGUCAUAUUCAGCUAUCAAUGGAUUGGAAAGAUGGUUAGUAAGCACGUUCUUCAUAAAUCACAUGUAAUGGUGAAUUCAUAAUUCUGAUAGAGAGGGAAAGAGUCGGGGAGUUUCCAGGAGAAAAAAUGAAUUUACAUCAUACAUAACAUGUAAGUCAUCAUCUUCCUUGUUUGCUAAGCAUGGAUUACCCCACACUAAUAACAUAUUUGGAUUGAAUUUUUAACGUGCCGGCUAAAAGGUGAUAAACAAUAUAAUACAGUGAUGUAUUUAUU